AUGUCGAACCUUGCCAAACUUGAAUUCGUGGCCCUUGAUAUCAUUGGAAAGAAUUAUUUAUCAUGGGUGUUAGAUGCUGAAAUACACCUAGAUGCUAAAGGGCUUGGUGAAACAAUCAAAGAGGCUAAUAAGGCAACACCUCAAGAUAAGGCUAAAGCCAUGAUUUUCCUUCUCCAUCACCUCUAUGAAGGGCUCAAAAAUGAAUUUUUAACUGUGAAAGACCCACAAAUCCUUUGGAGUAAUCUAAAGGAAAGGUAUGACCACCAAAAAACAGUGAUACUCCCUAGAGCUCGUUAUGAUUGGUUGAAUUUAAGAUUGCAAGAUUUUAAAUUUGUUAGUGAAUAUAACUCAACUAUGUUCAAAAUAACUUCUCAAUUGAAAUUAUGUGGAGAAAAUAUUACUGAUGCAGAAAUGCUUGAAAAGACAUACUCCACUUUCUAUGCAAAUAAUAUUGUCAUGCGGAUACAAUAUAGAGAAAAAGGUUUUCAAAAAUAUUUUGAAUUAAUAUCUUGUCUCCUUGUGGCUGAGAAAAAUAAUGAGCUAUUAAUGAAAAAUCAUGAAUCACAUCCUACUGGCUUUACUCCAUUCCCUGACGCGAAUGUGACAACCCAUAACAAGAAAGAAACUAAAAACAGAGACCAUUCCAGCAGUAGUGGUCGAGGUGAGGUUGCUCGCGGUCGUGGCCAAUGGCGCGGUCGUGGUCAUGCGCGUGGAUUUAGUGGAUAUGGUAGAGGUCGUGGAGGUCAUUUCACAAACUCACAUUCCCACCAGAAGUGGGAAUGUAGAGAUGAUAAAGUUGAUAAAGAGAAAAGUGUGACCAAUAUAUGUUACCAUUGUGGAGUAAAAGGCCAUUGGUCUCGGGUUUGUAGAACCCCAAACCAUCUUGUUGAACUUUACCAAGAAUCAUUGAAGAAAGGAAAGAAAGUUGAGGCAAAUCUUGUUCUUGAAGAUGGUGAAGGUGAUUUUGAUUUUGGCAAUGCAAAUCAUUUAGAAGUUGUUGAUUUCCUUACUUCCUCGGAAGGGAAUAAUUUUGAUUUUUGCAAUACAACUCAUUUAGAAGUUGCUAAUUUCUUCAAUGUCCCAUAA